GAAGAUGCUCUCCUGUCUGCAGCGCUCAUGGCCCACGAGCUUGGGCACAACCUGGGUGUCCAGCAUGACCACUCAGCCUGCGUUUGUAGAGAUAAGCACUUCUGCCUCAUGCAGGAAAAUAUCACUAAAGAGAGUGCCUUCAGCAACUGCAGCUCUGACUACUUCUACCAUUUCCUUCAUGAGCACAGAGGGGCCUGCCUAUUUAACAAACCACAGCCAAAAGGCCGCAGACGCAGGGAUGCCAACUGUGGAAACGGCGUGGUGGAGGAGCUGGAGCAGUGUGACUGUGGUUCUGCUUGUGACAGUGAUCCAUGCUGUGAACCAACAUGUACACUGAAGCCGUACGCAGAAUGUAGUCAGGGACUCUGCUGUGACAACUGUAAUUUUAAAGAACGGGGGGAUGUAUGUCGUUUUGCUCAUGAUGAAUGUGAUCUCUCUGAAUACUGUGAUGGUACAUCUGAAGAAUGUCCUGCAGACAGCUACAAGGAAGAUGGCACAUUGUGUAACAGAAUUUACUAUUGCUUUGGGGGUGAGUGUAGGGACCCUGACCGACAGUGCCUGAAUCUAUUUGGCUCUCCUGCAAGAUCUGCCCCCGAGGGCUGUUACUUGUCAAUAAACGGUGAAGGGCACCGUUUUGGAAACUGUGGCCGUCCCACUAAGGAUAAUCAGGAAUAUAUUCGUUGUCAUGGUAAUGAUAUAUUUUGUGGAAAGCUUGUGUGUACAGAUGUUACAGUCUUGCCACCACUCUUGCCAUAUUUUACGCUGAUCCAGGUUGCUCAUGGAGAUGACUGGUGCUGGAGCUUGGAUGCCUAUAACACCACUGGCAUCUCUGAAGGUGGCAAUGUAGAAAAUGGCACUUAUUGUGCCAUAAACAAAGUAUGUAAGGAUUACUCAUGUACUGAUCAGAAUGUGUUCCACUAUGACUGUGACCCAAAGAUAUUGUGCCAUGGGAAUGGGAUAUGCAACAAUUUAAGGCACUGCCAUUGUGACAGUGGCUUUUCUCCUCCGGACUGUACAAAUCCAGGAUAUGGGGGUAGUUUGGACAGUGGUCCUGUGACUAAGCCACUUAAUAAAAUUCCGUUUCAAGAGGAAAUUAUAAAACAUAUUGUUACUAGUGAUGAAGCCCCUAGAGGUGGUGAGAAGGAUCAAAACCAAAGCAUUGAUAAAAUGCUAUACAUUUUCCUCUUGUUUCUCUUAAUUUUAUUUUUAGCUCUAACUAUUGCUGCCAUCUUUAGGAGUAGAGAGGAGCUAUCAAUGUGUUCAGCAGGUGACUUAGAAGAAAAUCCAGAAGUGAUUGUACCAGAGCAGAGUGCCGGUGAAAGGUGA